AUGGAUUUUUCUCUUGGUAUGGAAAAUGGUAUUCUAAGAUACAAAGGGCGAUUAUGUGUUCCUAAUGUAGAUGGUCUCCGGGAAAGAAUCAUGACCGAGGCUUACACUUCCAGGUAUUCCGUGCACCCAAGCUCUACAAAGAUGUACCAUGAUCUUAAGGAAGUCUACUGGUGGAAUGAUAUAAAGAUGAAUAUAGCAGACUUUGUGGAAAGAUGUUCAAAUUGUCAACAAGUGAAGGCCGAACACGAAAGGCCCGCUGGGUUGGCACAAAACAUAGAAAUUCCAUUGUGGAAGUGGGAGAUGAUCAAUAUGGACUUUGUGGUAGGACUAUCUCACACUCCUCGCAAGUUCGACUUGAUUUGGGUGAAUCUUAGUACACCCUUCCAUCCACAGACUGAGGGGCAGGCAGAGAAGACUAUUGAGACACUUGAGGAUAUAUUACGCGCUUGUGUUCUUGACUUCAAGUGUUUCCCCCAUGAAGGUAUAAUGCAGUUUGGGAAGAAAGGGAAAUUGAGUCCUAGGCUUGAACUACCUCCAGAGAUGUCGUUAGUGCACCUAGUGUUUCAUGUAUCUAUGUUGAAGAAGGUGGUUGGAUACCUGUCGCUUAUUGUUCCGGUUGAGACUAUUGAGGUUAAUGAAGAUUUUACUUAUGAAGAGAUUCCAGUUGGCAUUCUCGAUAGGCAAGUCCGAAAGCUGAGAAAUAAAGAGAUUGCCUCCGUGAAGGCUGCACAUCCAUCGCAUAACCAGCAUGAAAAAAUUUUGGAUGGAGAUUUUGCGACUAGACCAGUUCAACCCAGUUUUGGUGGACCAUUUCGCGGUCCAUUGUGCAGACUGCUUACCUAUUUGCGGUCUACUGUGUAG